GCCGCUGCCUCGUCAAUAAAAGUGGGAAGGAUAAGUUCGGAAUACCAGCAAAGCAACCGGCAAUUCCUGUCAACGAGCGGCCAAAGUAAAGGUCUCUUAACGUCUUCAAUUGUGAAAAUCGCUGCCAUUUCCCGCUGAACUAAAGUCAUGUCUGUAGACGCAAAAUUCAACACUGCCGUAGAGGAUGUCAGGAAAUUGAAGGCUAAGCCUUCUGACGAUGACCUUUUGGAGUUAUAUGCCUUAUUCAAACAAGCAACGGUAGGAGACGUCAACACCUCUCGACCUGGUAUGUUGGACCUCAAAGGAAAAGCCAAAUGGGACGCGUGGUCCAAGAAGAAGGGAACAAAUUCUGAGGCUGCCAAAGAGCAAUACAUCUCCAAGGUCACCUCUUUGAUUGAGUCCAUUGGUUUACAGUAAUUUCCGGAAGAUUUAUAUGCUUUAUAUCGAAACUUAAGCAUCACUUUAUGAGCAUUUCAUAGUUUUAUAAGAAAUAUAUUUGUUAUGUUGGUCUA